AAUUUGCUUCUUUGAAAAGGAUGCAAAAAUGUUUUUGUUGAUUACCGUAUGUCUACAUUUACACAGGAACCAUUGUCGGUACUCGAUCAGGUAGAUGAAGCUGUGAAUUACAUAAAGAGUCUGCAGAAAAGGCUGAAAGAAUGCGAGGCGAAGAAGGAGAAAUUACUGGGAAGAAAAAGAUCUCACGGUUGCAUUGGUAAAGGUUCGGAUUCAAUUUCGAGCUCAAGAUCUCCUCAAAUUAAGGUUCAUGAAAUAGGUUCUGGUCUUCAAAUCUUCUUGACAAUUGGGUUGGAGGAUCAAUUCAUUUUCUACGAGAUCAUUCGUAUUCUCCAUGAGGAAGGAGCAGAUGUCAAAAAUACCACCUACUCGGUUGUCGGUGAUAGAGUUUUCCUCAUGGUUCUUGCAGAGAUUGGGGAACCUAUGUUGUGCGUGGGAGGUGGACGGAUUACAGCGAAGCUGAACAAUUUUGUGUACGGAUCACAUAAUGAAGAAGAGGUAUUGCAAGAGUCGUGGGAUUUAAUCCAAAUCCAUCCUGAAAUUUGGGAUUUCCAAAUAAUUUGAUCCUCGUUCAAAUUAAUAUUGGCUUCAAAGAAUAGUACAGAUCUAAAUUGUACCAAAAUGGGAAAAGUAAAGAUUAAAACGAUGUACUUAUGCUUUUUGAUGAAUACUUAUUGCAUAUGUGCCAACCAAGGUAAUCUUUUGAAAAUCCUUUAUCGGUAUUUUGUAAUUUAAAUUGUAUAUUUAUAUUAUAAAUUAUUAAAUUAUUA